AUGGCCUCGCUGCGUCCCGAAAGCACUGGGGGUGCAGAGGCCGACCAGCUUUUGGUAGAAGAAAAUGGGUCUACACGGACACUGAUUUUGAACCGGCCAAAGCAGUUGAAUGCACUGUCCUCCGCAAUGAUCAAGGGACUCUUGAGGUGUUUCGUUGCGUAUGAGGAAGAAGAUGGAGUUAAAUUGUUGAUUAUGAAGGGGAAAGGAAGAGCAUUUUGCGCUGGAGGUGAUGUCACUGCAACUAUCCGGUCUAUCCAUAAUGAGGGCUGGAAAUGGGGUGCCGAUUUCUUCAGAAAUCAGUAUUCGUUAGAUUACAUAAUUGCAACUUAUACCAAACCGCAGGUUUCUCUUCUAACUGGAAUUGUCAUGGGUGGAGGUGCUGGUGUUUCUUUACAUGGAAGAUUUCGAGUUGCCACUGAUAAGACGGUUUUUGCAAUGCCAGAAACAGCUCUGGGUCUCUUUCCAGAUGUAGGGGCCUCAUAUUUUCUGUCUAGGCUACCCGGGUUCUAUGGAGAGUAUGUUGCUCUUGCUGGUGCCAGAUUGGAUGGUGCGGAAAUGCUUGCAUGCGGUCUAGCAACUCAUUUUGUCCGGUCAAAUAGGCUGGUAUUGCUGGAAGAAUCACUUAAAAAGUUGGAUACGUCCAAUACUUCUGCUGUGUGCGAUAUUAUCAAUCAAUUUGCUGAAAAGCCUCCACUGAAAGAAAACAGUUCUUUAAAUAGGUUGGAUAUCAUCAAUAAAUGCUUUUCCAAAAGGACAGUUGAAGAAAUUAUAUCGGCUCUUGAGCAAGUGGCCUCAAAUUUGGCUGAUGAAUGGGUGGUUGUGACAAUCCAGUCCUUGAAAAAGGCUUCUCCUACCAGUCUAAAAAUCUCCCUGAGAUCGAUAAGAGAAGGGAGAACAGAAACUAUUGGGGAGUGCUUGCGUCGAGAAUAUAGGAUAGUUUGCCAUGUCCUGCAAGGUGACUUCAGCAAAGACUUCUAUGAGGGAAGCAGAGCUUUACUGAUAGAUAAAGAUCAAAACCCAAGGUGGAUGCCUCCAAGGUUGGAACAAGUGGAUGACGAGGCAGUUGAACAAUAUUUCUCAAGAAUGGAUGAUCCAUGGUGUGAAGAUUUGAACCUACCUACCAGACGUUACAAUGGAACUAAUACUGAGUCCAAGCUUUGAUUGAAGUCUUGGGCAAAGAGUUCAACGAAGCCUCAAUAGUGGUCAGAAUAACACAUCAACUCAAAUUUGAAGAGUCAGUGCAGAUUGCCGACCACUAGCACAAUAAAACUGCAUAUGCCUUAUAUGUCAAA